GUAAUGUAGGUCUGGCGGAGCCACCUGAGGCUCAUUAAGUUUUGAACUGCAGUGCCGUGUGGACGCUACUUCUGCUAGUCUGUAUUAUUACUGAGCGAGGCAGAGAGAGAGGAGCGCCCCCAGGAUCAUGCUUCUUCUCAGACUGUGCUGCGUCACUCUCCUGCUAGCCACGGUGGCGAGCAGUGAAGAGGAGGCUGUCGAGGUGGACGCGUCGCAGAUGCAAGAUGGCGAACCAACCACAGACGCACACGUCGUCCAGGUAUUAGACGCACACGUCGCCCAGGACCGCUCAGGCAUAGCACAAAGCGAUGACAACAAGGAUAGCGCCGGGGACAUCCCCGAGGACCAGAUUGCCAUGGAGGCCACCGACAGAAAGUCUCUAUAUCCUCGCUAUCCCUACGCUAUCCCCGUCCCUCUUCCUGUGCCAGUGUCGCCGGGCUCUCUCGUAAUCCCGGAUUUUCCACAAAGGGGUCCUGUGCACGCUAAUGCCAAGGAAGGUACCGGAGGUGCGCCCCUUCGACCAAAGGGACCCCCCAAGCGCGCAAGGCCUCCCUUCCGUCCCCCACCUCCUCCUCCCCCUCCAGGCUUUGGUAACGUAAAGCCCCACCAAACCUCCAUCUACAAGGUCCCUCCUCCCCCACUAAACGACUAUGCUCCUCCCCCACUCCAGUCAAGACCCCCACCACUAACACAACAGUCUAUUUAUUCUCCCCCUCCACAACAACCUAUCUUCUCUCCCCUUCCACCCCCUCUUAACCCCCCUCAGUCACCAAAUCCCAGCUACAAUGGCCCUCCACCACCACAGCCAAAUUUCUCUGCCCCUCCACCCGUCAACACUGACCAAAAUUAUGGAAUACCUAAACCAGCCGAUAUUUUCAGUGAAGAAACCAAGAAAUCAGCAGGUGCCGGAGCAGCACCGACUGCAGCACUCAGCCAGGCCAAAACUGCAGAUUCGGCUUCACUCUCUGCUCCGCAGAUCAGCUACGUGGAACCAGCGCUACUCCAAGCAGCGGCGUCAGUGCCUCAGAGCCAGUAUGUUCCCCCUGCACCAGUUCAAGUUAAUUACAACGUUCCACCGGCACUCUCCCUUGGCCCCAUCGGCCACAGUAUCUCUGACGCCGACAUUUCUGGCUCAGCUAACUCCUACGUGCCGCCGGAGCUUCUGGGUCCUUCAGAUCCCUGGCCUGUCGCCGUUCCUGAAAUGCCUAAGAUCAUCGCUCUGGAUGUCAAGUGCGAGAAAAACCUAAUGAAGGUGAGCAUAGCUUUCGACAAACCUUUCUAUGGCAUCGUGUUCAGCAAGGGCCAUUACAGCAAUGUCAACUGCGUGCAUCUGCCAGCGGGUCUGGGCCGUUCACAAGCCACUUUCGACGUGUCAAUAAAUGCUUGUGGCACCAUUGGCAACACUGAGAACGGUCUAUAUGGCUACGGCAGCCAGAGCGGUUCCGGCACCUACUUUGAGAACACCAUCGUGGUGCAGUAUGACCCACAGGUUCAGGAGGUGUGGGACCAAGCUCGCAAGCUUCGCUGUACUUGGCAUGACCAGUACGAGAAGUCCGUCACGUUCCGUCCAUUCCCCGUUGACAUGUUAGACGUAGUUCGUGCGGACUUCGCCGGCGACAAUGUAGGAUGCUGGAUGCAAAUUCAGGUGGGUAAGGGUCCGUGGGCCUCAGAAGUUUCUGGGUUAGUUAAGAUUGGUCAGACUAUGACGAUGGUCCUCGCUAUAAAGGAUGACGAUAACAAAUUCGACAUGCUGGUCCGUAAUUGCAUGGCUCAUGACGGAAAGCGAGCACCCAUCCAGCUAGUGGACCAGAGAGGCUGCGUUACCCGCCCAAAACUUAUGUCCAGAUUUACCAAGAUCAAAAGCUUUGGGUCGUCUGCAUCCGUCUUAUCCUACGCUCACUUCCAGGCUUUUAAAUUCCCUGACUCCAUGGAGGUUCAUUUCCAAUGCACCAUACAGAUUUGCAGGUUGCAGUGUCCAGUGCAGUGCAGUGACGACGGACCCGUGGGUCCUGGCCUCAGUUACGACGCCCCUGGACUGGGCCGCGCAAAGCGUGAAACAGAGGAAGAAAAGGUAAACAAGCAGAAAGACAUUGGCGUCAACCGAGUUAUCCAAGUUGUGUCAACACGAGAUCUCACCUUCGUCUUGGACAAGAAGGGUGGCACUGACAGCGAACCUAAGGAGUCGGAGACCGCGACGCUGGUGGCGCCGCAGAUUGAGGACCAAUCUGGUCUCAUCUGCAUGUCGACGCCUGGCUUCGCUGCCACACUCAUCGUCCUACUCGCCAUACUCAUCGUCUCCUGCCUCAUGUCCGCCUUCUUGUGUCUCCGAUUUCGCGGCCAGGGAGACACCCGCUCCAUCAUCUCCUCCUACGACAACCCAGCCUUCCUACACAAAAAGGGUCAUUUCUAAGUAACCAACCGCUCCACGUCCCGCGAUGUGGUGGCGACGUGAGUCUAGAUCUGUGAGUGCCGCACCACAGCAGCGACGGCCAGUGUGGUUGUCUCAAUGUGGUGACCCAAGACAGUCGUGCCACACUCACGCGCCCAUAAGCACAAGCUGCGGCGCCCACUGUAAGCCGCAGCCGGGCAUUCAGGCGCCUCGAGUCACUCCAGCAUGCGGCCUCGGGCAUGGAUGGUGCCCCCCUGGGUAUGCUGCCCAGCCUGAGUCAGCGAGUCAAGUCCCCCAUGUGGUCAAUGUGUCGUUCUACCCCCCCAGCAACAGCUCUUCCCGUGUGUGUGUGUGUGUGUGUGUGUGUGUGUGUGUGUGAGUGUGAGUGUGAGUGUGAGUGUGUGUGUGUGUGUGUGUGUGUGUGUGUGUG